AAUACAGUGAGGGUUUUUUUCCCGGCUUCCCUGUAACCAGCAAAUUCAAACUCCGCUCGGGAGCCGCUCGCGCCGUCUCGUGACCCUCGCGCAGCUGAGGGGCGGGAAGGGGCGCGCGCACCCAUGGCGGGGGCGCCAGGAAGGAAAGGGAGGUGGGGGCAGUUAUAAACUCUACUAACGAUAGUAGAGAUAUUCCGCUCGCGUGUGCACGGAAGGCUUAGAGCGAGUCUCUGAAAAUAAGUUAAGAGUUCAACGAGGUUAUUCCGGCUUCGCUGUAACCACCAACGCUAACUCCUCUCAGCGCUCCCCGUGCCGGCUCGUUACCUGCCGCCCGGGAGCGGCGAGCAAGAGCGGGCGCGCACCUGAGCGGCCGCCUCCGGCCACCAACGCCGGCGGCAAGCCGCUCCCCACCGCCUCCGGAGAGCUCGCACAGGGGGUGACGCGGGGAGCCUGGCACCGGCCGCCGCACCGUGCGGCCCCGUACGCGGCCGCGCUCCCUCAGCGCUCCAGCGGGGCCGCGCUGCGCCUGCGCGCCGCCCUCCCGCCGCCGUGGCCGAAGCGCGGCCCCGCCCCCGGCGCGCGCUGCGCAGGCGCGGCGGGAGGGCCGGCGAUGAGCGUCCUGCUGCCCAAUAUGGCGGACUUCGACACGAUCUACGAGCUGGAGGAGGAGGACGAGGAGGAGCAGGAUGAGCCCGAGCCCGUGGUGCGGAGCCAGGAGCUGCCCCGGCCCCGCGACGCGCCCGAUCCCGUAGCGGUACGGGGCGCUGGGCACAUCACCGUACUGGAAAGACUACUUCAUUGCUCUCCAAGCUUCCUUAGAACUAAAUAUAUAACAAUACAAAACCUGGAAGAUUUCAGCUUGAAAAGGUUUGGCUUGAGCAACAAGUUUGAUACAGAAUUUCCUUCUGUUCUGACAGGGAAGGUGGCCCCUGAGGAAUUCAAGACCAGCAUCAGCCGAGUGAACGCCUGCCUGAGGAAGAACCUCCCUGUCAAUGUGAAGUGGCUGCUCUGUGGCUGCCUGUGCUGCUGCUGCACUCUGGGCUGCAGCCUGUGGCCUGUGGUCUGUCUUAACAAAAGAACUAGAAGAUCAAUUCAGAAGUUAUUAGAAUGGGAAAAUAACAGACUAUAUCAUAAGCUUGGUUUGCACUGGAAGCUGAGUAAAAGGAAAUGUGAAACUAGCAAUAUGAUGGAAUAUGUAAUAUUAAUAGAGUUCUUACCAAAAUAUCCCAUAUUUCGACCUGACUGAGGAACAACAUUGGUCUUUCAUGUUACCUGUCAUUUUCUACCCUUAGUGCCUUGUAGAUGAUUUUGGAAAGAAGAUGGUCUGCUUUGCUGUGACUUAAAAAUGUUCUUCAGUAGAAAUCUUCCUCGCUGUUACUUUCUUUUGUUAAGAAGAGAACAAUUUGCACAUUUUCUUAUGUUAAACGAGGCUUCUAUGUUGCACUCUGAAUUUUUAACAUUACCAAUAACUGAUAGAGUUGCCACUAGGGAUCUUAACAUCAGUGCUGCUUAAACUUGUUCUGAGCAUGCUGCCUUAUUAAUUUCUCUCUUUGCUGUCCUCCAAUGUGCAUCCUAAAGCUGUGUCAUCCUAUAUUUCAUCCUAAGUGUUGCAAUCCUAGAAACCCUCAGUAGGAAUGUCCAGGUAAACUCCAGUAGUAAUGAUUUUAGUAGAACCUGCUUGCAUAGGACUUGCAAUCAACAGCACUGGUUUUGUCCUGCACUUUGCAAAAUCAUCAUUUACAUUUAAGGGGUCCUUUAGUUUACCCACUAUGGAUUUGUAAAUAUUGACUCUUUGCAUAAUGUAAAGUGUGGUAUGCCAAGGUUUACAGAAUGUAUUAUAGCUCUUAUUCUAUUGCCAACAGUCCCCAGCAUCUGUUCCAUGUGCUCGUUCCCCUGGGAUUGUACAGCCCCACCCACACUGCUUUUAUGGGAAAGCCAUAAAGAGUUUGUACAUAUGUCAGAUGUGUAGGGCUCAGUUGCACUUUGUUUAGUAAAUGGAUGAAAAAUGCA